AUGGAAUCAAAAGUCAUUUUUCAGUGUGAAUAUGCAACCCAAAAGCAACUAAUAGUAGUUACAAACUCUUCACUAGCUGAAGUACCCAAAAAGUUAUUUGAUACCUUCUCGAAUGCGAAUAAUGUGACGUUGUCCGGUUGUGGCAUCAAACACAUCAACCGUUACUGCCUUGAUCAAGCAAGUAGACUGCAGACCUUGAAUUUGUCGUCGAAUUUUCUUGAAGAGCUUCCCGGGUUCGCCUUUUCCGGGGCGAAUUCGCUGAGGACACUCGACUUGGCAUGGAACAACAUUAGCAUCAUCGAUCCCACGGCCUUCAACACGCUAACCGAACUGGUCGUACUGAACCUUUCCGGAAACAGGCUCCGUCAGCUGGAUGGUAACGUGUUUGCCAAGCUGAAAGCAUUGAACAAAAUCUUUUUGGGUAGCAACGAGCUGCAGGUGAUAGAGAGGGACCUGUUCAGAAACAAUGCGCGGCUGGAGAUCAUUCUGCUGCAUCAAAACCUCAUCAGCAUCGUCGAAGAGGGUGCCUUCGCGACGAAUAGAACGACUCAGCCAACCGCUUUGCUGGAACUUAUUUCGCUAAAUUAUAACAACAUCACCAUGCUGAACUUGGAGAACGUGAAAGUAAAGAGACUGUGGGUAAGCAACAACACGCUGGAGCGCGUCUACCUAUCGCGCUGGAUCGAGACGAUGUAUGCGGACAACAAUCGCAUUUCCAGCAUCCAGAUAGAUAGCCCGGUAGAGAUGCAGCUGCGCACACUCGGACUGCGGAACAACUCCAUUACGAGUUUCGAUACGAUCGGUCAGCUGGCAUCGCUGAAGGAACUGGAUCUAACGGACAACACGCUCGGACCGCUGAGCCUCACAAGCCUUGCUAAGCUUAGCAAUCUCGAACGGCUCGUGUUAGAGCGGACGUUCAUCUCAAACCUGCAACACGGUACCUUCUCACAGCAAACCAAACUCACGUACUUAGAUUUGUCCUACAACAAUCUCGAUCGGUUCGAUCUCGACAUCCUGAUUUCGUCCACGGAGCUGCGACAGCUCUUUCUGGAUGGUAACCGACUGAAGGCGCUCGAGUUCGAGCACCUCAAGCGGAUCUUUCCGUCGUUAGUGAAUGUUGGGCUGACAGACAACAACUUCAACUGCUCCUACCUUUCAAAGAUCAUACGGCACUGCAACGAGAAUGCGAUCGUCCUGUUCCAACCGUCGGACUCGUCGAACGUGCUAGAUCGAACGAACGUGAAGGGUAUGUACUGUUACGAUGACAAGAACCCACUUCGCAACUUGAACGGUACGGUACACCAGCUGACACAUCACCUGCUAAACGACUCCUUCGACGAUCUGCAGGCUAUGCUGCAGAGCGUCCUCGAUGAUGUCCGUCGGUUCAGUGAAAACCACGCAUCGGCUAGCAACAAAACUAGCCAGCUCGAAAGCACGGUGAACGAUCUUACGCAGAAUCAGUUCAUCCUGCAGAAGGACCUCAACUCAUUGCGGCAGUCGUUGUUCGAGGUGCGCCUUGCGCUGCUAUCCAACCGCACCAACGGAAGUACCACCGUCGGGAACGACGAGCUCCGGCGUAUGAUCGAGACGGCGAACAAUCUGACGCUCGACAAGCAGGAGCUGAGCGCCAAAACGCUCGAGUUCAAGAUCUACGAGCAGUCGUUUAAGGUAGAUAAGGCGCUCGAGCUUGCUCGCGAAAAUGCGGAACGGCUGACGAUGCUUGGCAAGCGUGUCGAGCAGUGGAUUGGCAACAUCGUUGGAUCUGGAGGUCCCGGUUUGUUCGCACAACCCUCAAACGAGCGGCAGCACUCGGGUGGAUAUGAUAGCACGGCUCGGGAUAACGGCAACGGACUGAUCGUAGCGGUGCUGGUGAUGGUGUGCUUGGUGAUGGUUGUUUUGGUCUACGCGUUGUUCAGAGCCAACCGUCGAUCGUUGGACAUCGUGCGCAAGCGUUACACUCAUCGGGAUAGUAGCAUGACGACGAUGGUCGAAAAUGAUAUAUGAUUUACCAGAAGAGUCUUCACAAUAUGGGAGCUGUUGAGUCUCUUUGUAUGGAGCAACGAACAGUGUAUGGUUUCAGGAUC